CUAACACUUCAUUCGCUGUGCGAGCCUUCUGGCGUUUUAAGUAUUUCAGUUCUACCCUGAGAGGUGGUUUCGGUUUUCUUUUUCAUUUAUAUUAGUGUCUUUGUUUUUCUUGUGAGUGAGAUAUACUUGAAAACGCGGCACAAAAGCCAGAUCAUGACGGUCAAGUUCAUCGUCAGCGGCGUGGCGGUUCUGUUGGCCUUAACGGUUUGCGAUGCAGCCAAAUUCCCUGCCAGCUAUUCACUUUGCAAGCAAGGAGACGACAAGUGUCUGCUCGAACGGAUUGCGGACACCUUCUCCAAGCAUUUUCCGGGCAUCCCCGAGGUGAAUCUUGUUGCGCUGGAUCCGCUCAAGAUCGAAAAAAUGGAUAUUGUACAGGGCGGAGAAGGACCUAUCAACAUCGUCCUCAACUUCAAGAAUGUCGAUCUUACGGGACUAUCGAAAAGUACAAUCAAAAAGGCCAGCGGAUUUACUGCCGAUCCCACCAAAAUGGAUCUACAAUUCUUGGUCCCUGUUGCGUCCCUCGUGGGAGGAUAUAAGAUCAAAGGAAAAGUUCUUAUCCUACCAAUUCAAGGCGAUGGCAAAAGCAACAUGACCAUGGAAAAUUGUGACAUCCAGCUGAAGUGGACCGGCAAGCUGGUAGACCGAUCGGGCAAAAAGUUUUACCAGGUCGACAAGUUGAAGGUAAACUUCGAUACCACCCGCUUCAUUAUGCAUUUCUCGAACCUGUUCAACGGUGACAAAGCCCUCGGGGACAACAUGAAUCUGUUCUUGAACGAAAACUGGCAGGACAUCCUGAAGGAACUGAAACCGGCGAUCACCGAUGCGUUUGCGUUGAUCUUCAAGAAUGUGAUAGCGAAUGUUUUCAACAAGGUUCCCUAUAACAAGCUGUAUCAGUGAUGGGGGACACUGUUAUUGGUUGUAGGUCCGCAACGUGUUGUUACUGUUAAAAGUGGAGUGAAAUAUAUUGUUUCGAAGAAUAA